ACGGAAAUAUCUUUACCACGAAAUGGGGCGCUUAUCCUAUCGUCGUUCUUACCGAAUGCAGUCUCAUCAGGAAAGCCUUUCAACAUCCAAGCUUUCAUGGGAGGCCUGACUUCUUGUCAUUCAGAAUAGUGCAGCAGUAUGAAAAGAGGGGAGUGGCUUUAACGGACGGGCUGUUGUGGUCAGAGAACCGACAUUUUUUCCUCACUCAACUGCGGAACCUGGGCAUGGGUAAGACUUUCCUCGGGGACGCCAUAGAAGAUGAGGCGUCGCUGCUGAUGGACCAUCUCGAGAAGAACUGCCUCGAUAAACCUGUAGUCAUAGACAGCGCUCUCAACACGGCAAUUAUCAACGUACUAUGGCUGAUGUUUACAAGUAAGCGAUACGACGUGGGUGACCCUGAAAUAGUGCAAUAUGUUCAAGUCCUGGAUAUAAUGCUGCGCGUUACUCGGAAGAAAAUCUUUCUGCUUGAUGUUAUUCCUGUGUUGCCAAAAAUCCUACCUACGUUCAUCCUCAACUCGUUAUUCGACUUCGAUGUGGGAGAAAAUUACUUUAAAGAGCUGACCAAAAUGUCUGAGAAUAAAAUUCGAGAACAUUUGACAUCCCUAGACCCAGACAACCCACGCGACAUCAUAGAUUACUACCUCCUGGAAAAAACUGAACGCGACUCCAAUGGCUUCCUCACUCAUUUCGAUGCUCAGCAGCUGUGCGGCAUGAUGAAUGACGCAUUUAUAGCUGGCUUGGACACGACCGCCUCCACCCUGCGCUGGAUGAUGCUCUACCUAACCAUCUAUCCUGACGUUAGCAUGCCUUCUUGCGCUUCACUGCUGACAAUACAAAUAGAGUUUUAUCACCAGUGAAGAGGCGUAUCUCAUCGUGUGAAUCAUUUUCAACCAUAAGGGUUUUGCAAAGUUAUUC